GUGUCCCGGCGGAGCGGGCGCUCCUCGGCCCCCCGGCCGCGAUGGGCGGCGAGCGCGGGGUGAGCGGUGCGGGCAGAUCGUCUGGGCUGUGCGGUAGAAACUGAAAGCAAUCUUAAAACAUACCAGGUGCAGAGCACAGUACAGUAACCAUGAAUGACAUUGCACAGAAAACUGAGAUUCUGCUUUCUUCAUCUAAACCCGUCCAAAAGUCCUAUGUGCCCAAGCUUCACAAGGGCGAUGUAAAGGAUAAAUUUGAAGCAAUGCAAAAAGCAAGGGAAGAAAGAAAUCAAAGGAGAUCUAGAGAUGAAAAGCAAAGAAGAAAAGAACAAUAUGUUAGAGAGAGAGAAUGGAACAGGAGAAAGCAGGAGAUGAAAGAACUGCUCGCAUCUGAUGAAGACGAUGACACCAAAUUAUCUAAAACAGAAAAAGGUUAUGUCCCAAAACUAAUAGGGACUGUUAAAGGCAAAUUUGCAGAAAUGGAGAAGCAAAGGCAAGAAGAAGAAAGAAAAAGAAUGGAAGAAGAAAGGAAGCGCAGAAUCGAACAAGAUAUGAUUGAGAAAAGAAAAAUUCAAAGAGAAUUAGCCAAAAAAGCUCAGGAGAUUGAGGACUUUAACAAUACGGGAACUGAAUCAGCAGCUGAGGAAGGGGAUGAUUCACUCCUAGUUACAGUAGUGCCUGUGAAACCCACCAAGACACCUGGGAAGGUAAAAAUAAACUGUGAGAACCCAGGAAAGGAGAGAGCAGAGGAGGAAGAAAUGAAGAAUGAAAACCAAUCCCUGAAGGAAACCAAGUGCCUUUCGUCUGUCACGGGUGAGAAUGAAAGCAGUGCCCCCCCGGAGUCUGUGUCUCCUGGGAAGCUGAAGGUGACAUUUGAGGAGCUGGAGAGGCAGAGGCAGGAGAGCCAAAGGCGGCAGGCGGAGGAGGAGGCCCGGCAGCGGCUGCAGGAGGAGAGACGGGCCUUUGAGGAGGCCAGACAGCGAAUGAUAAAUGAAGGUGGGGAUGAAGAAUCUGAAAAUUCUGUUAAAGAAUUCCGCCCUGGGAAACUCAGACUCAGUUUUGAGGAGAUGGAAAGACAGAGGAGAGAAGAGGAGAAGAGGAAAGCAGAGGAGGAAGCGAGGAGACGCAUAGAAGAGGAGAAAAGAGCAUUUGCUGAAGCGAGGAAGAACAUGCAGGUGCUGGAUGAUGAAUCACCAGAAAUGUUUAAAACAUUUUCUCAAGAAUCCCUCGUACCUGGGAAACUGGAAAUUAACUUUGAGGAGCUGCUGAGGCAAAAAAUGGAAGAAGAGAAGAGACGCACAGAGGAAGAGCGUCGGCAAAAGUUGGAAAUGGAAAGGCAAGAAUUCCAACAGCUGAGACAAGAAAUGGGAGAGCUGGAAGAAGAGUGUGAAACUUUUGAGCUGAGCAAAGAAUAUGAAGAAUUAAUAAAGCUAAAAAGAAGUGGUUCUAUUCAGGCAAAGAACUUAAAAAGCAAGUUUGAAAAAAUAGGACAGUUGUCUCAAGAAGAAAUACAGAAGAAGAUUGAAGAAGAGCGAGCAAAGAGGAGAGCAAUGGAUGAAGAAAUAAGAGAAAGAGAAGCUGAAAAAUUCCAGGAGGAGGACGAUGUAGAUGUGAGACCAGCCAAGAAAUCCGAGGCUCCAUUUACUCACAAAGUGAACAUGAAGGCCCGUUUUGAGCAAAUGGCAAGAGCCCGGGAGGAGGAGGAGCAGAGGAGGAUCGAGGAGCAGAAAUUCCUGCGCAUGCAGUUUGAGCAGAAAGAGAUCGAUGCAGCCUUACAGAAGAAAAGAGAAGAGGAAGAAGAAGAAGAGGGAAGCAUCAUUAAUGGUUCUACUUGUGAAGAUGAGGAGGAUCAAGCUCGAUCUGGAGCUCCCUGGUUCAAGAAGUCACUGAAAAACACCUCAGUUGUUGAUGGCGAGCCAGUGAGAUUCACAGUUAAAAUCACUGGAGAACCCAAACCUGAAGUUACGUGGUGGUUUGAGGGGGAGAUGUUGCAGGACUCUGAGGACUAUCAGUACAUUGAAAGAGGAGAAACCUAUUGCCUUUACUUGCCAGAAACCUUCCCAGAAGACGAAGGGGAAUAUAUGUGUAAAGCAGUCAACAACAGAGGCUCAGCUGCCAGCACCUGCAUUCUCACCAUUGAAACCGAUGACUACUAAUGCUCUACCUUAGCUGGAAUCUUUCUUCCCCUCAACUUUCUUACUGCAUCAUCUCUUUCUCUGAUGGGGCCAACUAAAGAAAGCAAGGAUAUGCAUUAAUUUGUCAUUCCUGCAUCAGAAUAACCUUCAAAUUAUGAGUGUGUCUGGAUUCCCUACUCAAGGCAAAAAUCAGUAUUAAAGGCUAAAAAAAAAAAAAGAAUCAAUGUAUGAGAGAUCAACAAAGGAAAAAGCUGAAUUAAAAUAGUGCUCCCCCAUUCCAAGACCAACUGCUGCAUAACAGAAUAAAGCUGAAUACACAACCUGGAAA